GCCGAGGGCGGCGGACGUGUGUGACGCGCGCGAGCCCCACGUUGGGCGCCAUUCGACGACGUGCCGAAACCCAUCGAACCUGUGAUCUGAGUUUUGUUGUGAAUUGUGAAAACAUUGAGUGACGUGCUGUUUAUAACCCUCAAUCGAUAAAACAAAAAAUAUUAAAAAAUCUUGGUAUAAAAAAAAAACUAAAAAUUUAAGUAAAUAGUAACUUGGUGAGCGAAUUCGGUGCAAGUUCCGAUAUCUGAUAACGCUCAGUGAAGUGACACGUGACGGGCUCUGCUGGAACUUUGGAAAAGUACUUUUUCUUGCUCGUGAUAUUGCAGCACUUCGUUAUAUAAAGCAUAACCAAUACCGAGGAUGUGAGACACCAGCGCGACGAUGAAAACCAGGAGGUCUAGAAGCAAGGGCACGGGAUGAGAGAGUAGCCACCAUGACCACCAAGAUGCUUCUGUCCCUGCUUCUGCACUGCUUCUACGUCACCACUGCUUCGAUGCCUGGUGGAGGUCUAGGAGCCCUGCCAGGUGUUGGAGGGAGUGGCGAGUUGAGGCCGGAGCGGCCGUACUUUGACGACGUGUCGCCCAGAAACGUGUCCUCCGUCGUCGGCCAGUCGGCGAUACUGAGGUGCAGAGCGAAGCACAUAGGGAACAGAACAGUGUCAUGGAUGAGGAAACGAGACCUGCACAUACUGACAUCCCACAUCUUCACGUACACCGGCGACGCGCGGUUCAGCGUGCUGCACCCCGAGCCGUCGGACGACUGGGACCUCAAGAUAGACUACGUGCAGCCGCGGGACGCGGGCGUGUACGAGUGCCAGAUCAAUACCGAGCCCAAAAUCAAUAUGGCCGUCGUGUUGAGCGUUGAAGAUGAGUCCCUCACUCCCGCGCCCCAGCCGCCGGUCCGAUCCUCAGCGGCGGCUGCAACUAUAUGGGGCUCGCAGGAUGUGUACGUGAAGAAAGGCAGCACGAUAUCUCUGACGUGCUCAGUGAAUGUUCACUCGUCACCGCCUUCGAGUGCUUCUGUUUUAUGGUACCACGGCAGUGCAGUGGUAGACUUCGACUCUCCUCGGGGAGGCAUCAGCCUCGAGACGGAGAAGACGGAAGGCGGCACCACCAGCAAGCUGCUGGUCACCAAGGCCGCGCUGACUGACUCCGGGAACUACACCUGCGUUCCCAACAACGCGCAUCCUGCAUCUGUCUCCGUUCAUGUGUUAAACGGAGAGCACCCAGCGGCGAUGCAGACCAGCAACCGCGCGUCCUCGUACCUCACCUCCCAGCUGAGCUGCGCGGCGCUCACCUACCUCCUGUCGUCCAUGGCCUGCAGAUGAUCGCCCUGAGCCGCGCGACUGUUGAUACCAUAAGUUCUUGUAUAAGUCUGUUAAAGUUAGCCGUUAACAUUCGCUCUAUUCAUCCUCAUUGAUGACAGUUCUUCGGGUCAUAUUGCGAUUGAAUUUACUACCUUUGUUAUUUUAUUUUUUAAGUAUAAAG